AUGAAGCACUUUUGUACUAUUGCUCUCUUGGCUCUUGUCUCUAAUCUUGUGGACGCACAUGUCUCUUUGUCUCCUAAGUUUGCCGAGCCUGGUCAAAACUUAACCACUGCUUUCCACGUUCCUCAUGGCUGCAAUGGCUCUGCUACCAUUAGUGUAACUGCUACUGUGCCUGAAAGUAUCACUACUAUCUCUCCUCAAGCUGUAUCAAAUUGGACACUUUCUUUGCAAUACAAAGACGCUUCUAAUUCUUCUCUCAGUAAUAUCACUUGGUAUGGUGGUUAUCUGAAAGCAACAGAUGCACUUGAUUUCCCUUUGGUCAUUUCUAUUCCCAAGGUUGAUUUGUCUUCUCAGCCUAAUGUUACUUAUUACUUCCCUAUCGUUCAAACUUGUGAAGUUGGCUCCACUAACUGGACAAGCAUCCCUCAACCUGGUGUUGACUCUCAUAGUCUUAAUAACCCCGCCCCUGCUUUAGUUGUCGUCAAGAAUGCCACUCAAGCAGCUGCUGAUGCAACCAGUAUCAGUCAUGGUCAUGGUAGCAACAGUACCUCUUCUUCUUCAGGACAUGAAAAUCAUACCAGUGGCUCCAACAGUCUCUAUCUUGGUCUCUUGCCACUAAUUGCUACCACUAUUAGUGCUUUAUCUGUUUUCUUCUAAUAUCUAUGAUGAC